AUGCAAAACUGCGUGUGCACGGACACCGAGUUUAGAUGUGACAACGGGAAAUGUAUCAGACCAUCUCUUAAAUGUGACAACAGAAACCAGUGUGGUGAUUACUCAGAUGAAGCUGGAUGUCCGUGUUUGGUGAACCAGUUCCGCUGCCAGACGACCCCCCUCUGCGUCCACGAGGAUCACUGGUGUGACGGCACUCCUGACUGCCCGGAUGGGAGUGAUGAGCUUCAAAACUGCACCUGCCUGUCCAGCCAGGGAAAAUGUUCGUCUGGUCAGUGUAUACCGGGGUCCAAACUGUGCGACCGACGACUAGAUUGUCAGGACCGUAGUGAUGAAACCUGGUGCCCAUGCGGGUCAUGGGAGUUCCGGUGUGAGAAUGGCCUUUGCUAUGAUAAAAGUCGUUGGUGUGAUGGCAAAGAUGACUGUUUUGACGGAAGUGAUGAAAAGCCUAAUUGCACUUGUCUAAGAGAACAAACCAAGUGUAAAACAAGCGGCAAGUGUAUUAUGGACUAUCAGAUAUGCGAUGGAACUGAACACUGCGAGGACGGGAGUGAUGAAAUGAAUUGCAAUUGCUCAGUGACCCAGUUUCGGUGUGGCACUGGACAGUGUAUUGAGGUUCAAAAGUACUGUGAUGGCGAUCCCGACUGCCCGGAUAACAGUGAUGAACCUGGACUGAAAUGUGGAUGUCUACCAUCCCAUUUCACCUGUUCUAGCGGGCUCUGUGUGUCACGCGCUGUGUUAUGUGACGGCACCGACGACUGUGGAGACGGCUCCGAUGAAUCCUAUACACUGACAGGAUGCAAUAGCACUUUUUGCAACGAGUUCCAGUUUAAGUGCCCAAACGGAGGGUGUAUAAGCUUGGAUAAAGUGUGUGACAGACGACUGGAUUGCCAUGACGGCAGAGACGAGAUGCAGAACUGUGAGUGUCGGAGUAAUGAGUUCCUCUGCCCGAGCAGUACCAAUUGUAUCCACAUGAGCUAUGUAUGCGACGGCUACGAACACUGUGACGACGGAGCUGAUGAAAUACAAAACUGCGUCUGUCCGAAUACGACCCACUUCCAGUGCGGCAAUGGACGGUGUGUUUUAGGGAGUGAGCGCUGUGACCGGGACGACGACUGCGGCGAUAACACGGAUGAAUUACACUGCGGUUGUAAGCCGUACCAGUGGGAGUGUGGAGACGGCAGGUGCAUAGAAAAACAGUGGGUCUGCGACGGACACCAAGACUGCGCUGACGGCGAUGAUGAAAUGGCUUGCAAUGUUUGUGAAGCCGGCCAGUUCAGCUGUGGAGACAACACCACCUGUGUGCCAGCCAGGGCUCAGUGUGACGGCAUGGUGAACUGCCCCAAUGGGAGGGAUGAAAAGAAUUGCCUACGCCUCGAUGCUAGCAAUGAAACAAUGACCGGCGUGGCGAAAGCAUGGCAUCAAAACCAAUGGUACCCAAUUUGCUUCAUCGAUGUCAACUCAAGAUGGUUUGACAGAAUUUGCAAAGAGCUCGGCCAUGGCACUGUGAUCCACGUGCACUCGGUCAACGUGACAUCUAACUUAUACAUGAAGCUGAACACGAGCAUUGCAACACCACUUGUGCGGGGAAGUCUCGUACCGAGCACCGGAUGUAAUGGUUCCAAAGCAUUAUCCUUAUCCUGUGGUUCCAAAAUUUGUGGAACCAAGUCUCCCAAUCUACCGGAAGUGGAAAUGGCUGCAUCCCGUGUGACAGGUGGCGAACAAGCGACGGAAGGGGCGUGGCCUUGGCAAGCCUCACUAAUGACGCUGAUUGGUGGUCAUUACUGCGGAGCUACACUCAUCAACAAACAGUGGCUCCUCACUGGGGCGCAUUGUAUAGAUUGGCUUCCAAGUUUUCUACACCGAUACCUUGCUGUGAGACUGGGGUCUGUGAAAUUAGUCCUCCCUGAUGCCAAGUCAGUCGUGGUCCGAGUAAAAGCCACGUACAGUCACCCACAAUUUGAAACGCCGAGCGCAAUAAAUAACGACAUUGCGUUGCUGAAAUUGGAAGCGCCUGUAACCUACACGGACUAUAUCCGCCCUGUGUGUUUACCGUCAGUGGACGAACCUGUUUCCCCCAAAAGAAGGUGUUAUAUAACGGGAUGGGGUGCCACCCAAGGGAAUAGAGCGACUGCGACGAUGCAUCUCCGUGAGGCCAAAGCACAAGAGGAGACAGACGCCGUAUGUGACGCAGCAACAUCGUUAAUGACGUAUGUCUAUAACGCCACCACUAUGAUGUGUGCACUUUAUGAGAGCGGAAUCAUCAACGCGUGUGCAGGGGACAGCGGGGGCCCGAUGGUAUGCGAAGACAUGACCGGGCGUUGGGUUUUACACGGAGUUAAUAGCUGGGGUCACAUCGUGUGCAAUAAACCGACUUUCCCAAGCGUUUUCACAGAAGUGUAUCACUACAGAGAUUGGAUUGACCAAGUAAUAAAAGAUAAUCCAUAGUUCAUAGGUGUGAAAAAUUAACCGUGCCUUAUCUGACGGACAGCACGACAGCAGACAUGUUCACCGAAGACUCAGAUUGAUUGGUUUUAGCUACGUUAUAAAGUUCAUCCAGUGUGAAGAAAAACAUGGUCUUUAUUGCAGAGUCCACCCUCCCAAUUGGAUUCAUACAGGUUAGGGUUAGCGUGCCGUAAUGGUACAUUUAAGUGGACCAAAGUUUAAGAAGCAGGUUACCUGUACAUAUCAAUGGGCACUGGGUAACUGCAUCACGGGGUACUUUCUUGUACACAACACCAGUACAAGUUUUGUGAUUGAGACCUCGAUUCUCUGAUAGGCAGGCUCAAUAUGAAACUGAAAUAGACUAAAAGGGACCUUGGCUCGAUAGAACCGAUCUACCAAAGCUUCGUGUGAACAAGCCCGCCAACACUCACUGCGCAGUAUUUCCCUGGAGCUUUCCUAGAUAAAAACCGAUAUAUGAUCAGCCCCGUUUGACAUGACAAUCAGUAAGAAUCACCUGCACGACGACAACUAAUGCUUUUCUGUGAUAGACAUCAGUCACAUAAUACAUAGCUGAUGGGAAAAUGAGAGAUUUUUUUGUUUAACCUCUGCUGUGAUAUUCAGAAUUUUCUUAGUAUUUAACAAUCUCUACCUCAAUCCAUUAAUCAUUCUCAAACAAUAUAUGCGUUUCUAUAUACAAAUCACUGUGUGUGUCUGUAUAUACAUCCUGAUCUCUGUGUCUAUCCAUGUCGUCGCUGUGUUGAACCCCCCCCCUUUGCGGCUUUGCAUCCGCGGACCCCCCCCUCAAAUAAUCCUGGAACCGCCCCUGCGUCGUCAGCGCCACCGUCCGUAACAUUCGUUCCUAUAACCACAAAACCGUAUUUUCGUUUUUACUGUAAGUAUGCAGGAUGACUGCAUAUUAGCAAGACUGGUUCCUUUUGAAAAUCAACACGAUCGGAUUAUUUUCAUGAAAGUCAUUGAUUCUUUUUUCCUUUCUUUCUUUUUUUUUUUUUCGUCAGAGGAGUAGAAAUGAAAUAAUAGUAACCUAUACACAUGUAUUUAUAUAAUUAUCUAUAAAUGUAAACAUGUUUUUCUUUGCUAUUACUUGCUACUAUUGCUAUUUUGUGAAAUUCUGAAAUUGUUAUGAGCUCAGUGCAUGCAGGAAAGCUUAUCAUUUAGGCGCUUAUCAGAUAGUGAAAUUUGUAUCUGACCAUUCAGUAAUAAGGAAUGGGUUUACAUUUACUUUUAUGUAUAUUAACAUUAUCAACCAAUGUAAACAUGUUUGUCUGUGUUGUAAACAUAUUGUCAUGUUGUGAAUUAAUGGAAUUGUUCAUCGUGCAGGAAUGUUCAAUAAUGAAUAACAGUUAAACACACUUCCACUCAUUUGCUAUAAAGAUUAUAGCAUGGUAUGAGACCUAUCAGAGACCUACAUGUACUAGAGGCAUAAAAAUAUAAUAUUAUACAUGUAUAAGCCAUAUAAUUUUGUUACUAAUAUUAAAUAUUGCCAGUGUUAAAAUAACUGUUGUGUUCAGCUGAUAAUUUGAAAUAUUGAAAGUAGUGUGUAAAGAUGGUUGUUCAGAAGACCGAGGGAAUGGAGACAAUGAAAAGCAUUUCUUUUACAUGUUAUCGAGGUGGAAAAUUCUGAUUUUUUAACCUAACUGUUUCGUCAUCUGUCUAGAUCCCAUUCAAUAUGUUUAGGUAUAUUUGUUAUGUCUGGAUGUUGAGGCAUGUUAUGUGUUAUGACAUCACAGCACCAAUGUGAUGUUCUGUGGCUGUUGAAAUAGAGCUCUCUUUAACAUAUAAUUUGCGUUUUUAUAAAGCAAACAUUACGUACAACUGACUGGAAAAGUCGCAUACAAUACUCAUGGUUUGACAGAUUUUAAAUUCAAGGCGAGAUUGUAGACGUAAUCAUACGAAAAAGUACUUUCGAACUUAGGAUGUAUUUAUUACCGGUAGUUCAUGAUUUUUGGAUAAAUGGUUAUAGUAU